ACUUGUGCUAGAAAGCAGCUUUUCAUCACUGGCAAAGAGACACAUUCAAAUUCAUCGUUUUCUCUUCAAUGGCGUCCAAAAUUCUUUCUUUUAUCUUUUCCAUCCUCCUUCUUGCCUUCCAGCUCCGCUUCUCCACUUGCCAAACUACUCUUGUCAAAGGUGGUUACUGGUUUCCCGGCAGUGGUUUCGCAGUUUCUGACAUAAACUCUGCCUAUUUCACUCACCUUUUCUGUGCAUUUGCUGACGUUAAUUCCCAAACUUAUCAAGUUACUAUCUCAUCCUCAAACCAGCCUCAAUUCUCAACAUUCACACAAACAGUCCAGAGAAAGAACCCUUCUGUCAAAACCCUUCUGUCAAUCGGUGGUGGAGCUGCCAAUGUAAACACUUUUGCUUCAAUGGCUAGCCAAUCUAGCUCCAGGAAAUCGUUCAUCGAUUCCUCAAUAAGAUUAGCAAGAACGUACAAUUUUCACGGUCUUGAUCUUGACUGGGAGUACCCUUCUGAUAAUACUCAGAUGCGGAAUUUUGGUACUCUCCUUAACGAGUGGAGAGCUGCUGUAGUGAUUGAAGGAAGGAACUCUGGCAAGCAACCAUUGCUCUUAUCUGCAGCAGUUCUUUACUUGUCAUAUUACUACUCAACUUCUGUCUCCUACCCAAUUCAAGCUAUAUCAAACAGCCUGGACUGGAUCAACUUAAUGGCUUAUGAUUUCUAUGGCCCUGGUUGGUCUCCAUCUAGCACAGGGCCACCUGCAGCAUUAUACAAUCCUGGUCGUCGAGAAAGUGGAGACAAUGGGGUAAACUCCUGGAUUCAGGCAGGCUUGUCUGCGAAGAAAUUAGUUCUCGGCUUCCCCUUCUACGGUUGGUCAUGGCGUCUAGUCAAUGCCAAUGACCAUGGCCUUUAUGCACCGGCUAAUGGAGCAGGUCUUGCAGGAGAUGGAUCAAUAGGUUACAGUCAGAUCAAGCAGUACAUAUCACAAAAUAAUGCUGCUAAAGUGUACAAUAGCACUGUUGUUACAGAUUAUUGCUAUAGCGGAACAACAUGGAUUGGAUAUGAUGAUCUCCAGAGUAUCUCUACAAAGGUUUCAUAUGCCAAAGGAAAAGGAUUACUGGGUUACUUUGCUUGGCAUGUUGGCGCUGAUGAUAACUGGGCACUUUCUACCAAAGCAUCACAGACGUGGGGAGCGUAGAAUUACUGGCAAGCUUAUAAAAUUUCAAGCAAUCAGAGACAAGAUGGUAGACUUGGUAGUAAAUAAUUAAGCAAUCGCUAUGCUUACAUGUAUUUGUAUGUUGUCCGAGUCCAACCAAAUAAAAUGAUUCAGAAUAUUAUAUUAAUGUUAAGAGAUUUUAUCCUUCAA